AGGCAACCGGAUGAAGCGGAUUGGAAGACCUGGAACUGGUUAGUUUUGUGAGCCCUGAGCAAAAGUAAGCAUACAUUUUUAUACUUUAUAAAAUACGUGUGGAAUUGAAAAUAUUAAAAUUAUUCAUUAAAGAGUGUCUAUAUAAUUUUAAAGUUUUGUUAGGUUGGUUGGUACUUAUGUGUCCCGAUUUGGUGAGUGUGGACAGUAAAUCAGUUACAGUUACAGUGUGAAGUGAGUGUAGUGUAGUAACUUAAGUAACUUUAUUUAUUUAAGUUGAAAAUGUAACUGUUAACUGUUAACACUAGGCCUAGGACUUAGACUAGAUAUGAAAAACAGUAACAGAAUAUCCGCGUAACUUAUUCACCUAUUAUAAACUAUAAUAAUUGAUAAACUGCAUUCAAGUUGUGUAAAGGAAAUAUAAGAACAAGGUAUGCUAAACUUGAAUUAAUAAUUAAUAGACAGGACAAAAGAUUUGGAAGUUUCAAAAAGAAGUAUGACAAGUAACAGAGCACAUUAAAACAGUAAAAAAACACUAUAAUAGAUUUCCUUUUGUUGCUGCUGGAAUAUGUCCACAAUUAAGGCAUGGUUAGAGAGGAUGAGAAUGAGAGAAAUGAAGUAGUAAAGAUUGCACAGCAACAAAAGGAAAUCUCUUAAUUUUUGUACUGUGCUCUGUUCUGUUACUUGUCAUAAUUCUUUUUGUCUUGUUUGCUGAUGAAGGCUCUAAGCCAAAACGUCCAAAUAUUUUGUCUUGUCUAUUUAUUCAAGUUUAGCAUACCUUGUUCUGAUAUUUAAUUAUAAACUAUUUGCCUAAAUAAUUAGUAAAUAGAACAAAGAAUAAAUAAUUAGAUUAUAUUAUGGUGUCUUUUACUAUUGACACUAUUGUGUGAGCAUUACAUAAUUAUUUAACUAGGCUUUUUAUGCUUAGGUUCUGUCAUUUUAUUAAUUACCUGGCUGGGUAUUUCUUAAUUUUAGCUUAAUUAAUCCCUUCAAGUCCAAGUUCAAGCUCAUUACAAUUUUUUAAAUAUGCAAACACAUAAAUUUCAUUCCUCUUUAAAAGUGGUGGAUUAUGAAAGUGAUUUGAUGUUAAAAUAAUGUCUAUCAUCUAUUUUGGGUUUGUUCGCAAAUUACGUCAAGCAAAAAAUGACCUUUUUAGACAAGUGUAACAAAUUCUUUACCCCCUCCCCCCCUUCCCACCAUUAGUGUUACAGCACACCUAAAAAAAAUAAAAACAUACAUAAAAUUAAACAUACAUAAAAUUUUAAUAACUAAACUAAGAUUUUAUUUUAUUCUUUAACAUAUUCCCAUAAUGAUAAUGGAUUAUCAUGUAGUAUUAUUAUAUAUUUUAUUAUUAUAAAUCUGUGACGCGAAACAACGAAGUCAUCCCCGCGCUGAAUGUAAAAUGGCCACAACAGUUUUCGUCCAAAAGGUGUGCCCGACUGAGGUUCACAUUACCAAUAAUACCUGAGGCAAUUUUGACCUACAAUUAAUGUUUUUAAAAUUAAUUGAAAAAAGAUUUUUCAAAAUUAGAAAAUUUUAGAUUAAAAAAAAAAAAUAAUAUAAAAAAUUGUGACGUCACAAAUUCUCGAACCCUCCCCCCCCACCCCCCACGCCCCCCGAAGCAUGAUGUAAUUUGUUAACGACCCUAUUGUCCAAGUGAAGAAAUUAAAUUUUUAACAAACAUAGAUAAUAGUAUAAUGAUUGAAAUAGCAACAUUAUUAACAUUCAUUAUUAAAUACUAAUACUACUAAUGCUAUUUCAAUAUUUACAAUAAUAAAAAUGAUAAUAUAUUGUUUAAAAAAACUGAAGAGAAAAGGUAAAGAUUUUUCAGAAUUUAAAUUAUAUUAAUAAUUAAUUUUGAAUUUUUGCAUUUCACUUUAUAUUUUAUGUAGCGAUAUUAAAGUGAAGUCAAGAUGAGCAAAUUACCUACUGGGCCAAGAAAUGCUCAUAUUCAAAGAUCACAGGGAGCAGAUACAAAUAUUAUGAAAUUUUACAUAACUCAAAACUCAACUACAUAUGGAGCACGCAAUGAAAAGUUUCAACCCCGUCAAGUUAGACAUAGAGGCACUGGUUACCUCAGUAAUUUUCGCCCUGGUGUUUAUUAUAAUAGGAGACUUGAUGAUGUCGACAACCCAGCCAUGAGGUGAGCAUAGCAAUAUUUUAAAGUUAAUAAAAAAAAAGAUUUUAAGUGGUUGCUUGUCACACAUACAUAUUACCGAUGUCAAUGGUGCAUUUUAUUACAGCAAGAGGGUUAAUAAGUUUAAAGUCUCACCUUUUUUUAACCACAACUAUUUUUUCCAAAGUAAUUCUUGGUAUUAAAAAUAGACUUUUAGAUUAUGUUAGCUAACUACAUAUACAUUUCUUAACAUCUUAAUUUGUUUUACUUUAUAAGGCGUAUCUGUGACGGCAAUUAUCGUUCAGUAACCCAAUUAGACUACCAGGCUUACAGAGAUCCUUCAGGAUUAGAGACUUUUCCAUUUAGUGUACAUUAUAGCCCUUCUGCUUUUGGUAGACACAAGGCCUUAACUGUACCUAAAGAAAAUGAGGUAACUGUAUUUUAAAAUCUUGAAUGAUAUUUAUUAAAUUUUUAAAGAGAAUGUCAGAUUUGUAUGCUUUGAUUAUGUUUUUUAUGAUAAUAUAAUUAUGAAAUUUUCUUACUUUACCCCACUUGGGGAAUAUGCCGUUUACAAGUGUCCUCAAUUCAACUCAUCCUAUGCUUUCCUUUACUGUUAUUUUCAUGUGUGUUUGUGUUUACUGUGCCUACCUCUAGCUCAAAUCCCUAUGUGUUCUUUUGCAGUCCUCUCUUCAUUUUUCCCUUGUGAGUUCCAUGAUGAGUGUCUGGUUAUGUUUCCUAUGAACUUCCAUCUUUUCCUUGUGACAUCUUCAACAAUAGGUUCUUGAUAAUCAACUCUAGUGAGUCUUUUUUGCUGAUGGUGUAUACUUGUAUACUUAUGUAAAUUGUUCUAUUCAGGUGAAGGUUCAUUUCAUUGAUCAACGAAUAGGAAGUGCACCAGCCAGUAUACUACCAAAACAUAAACCCCUUUUGCAUAAACUUCAAGGAAAAGAUCCAGUAGAGCAAGAAAAUUAUGGCUAUGUAAGUUGUUGCAUACACUAUUGACUAUGAUAGCUGUUGAUUAAUGCUUGAAAUGGAAAGGUGUUGUUUUUGCUCAUUUUUGAAAAGGAAAGAUGUUGAUAAAUGAUUUAAUGUUUAGUGUUGAGUUGGUUAUGCAGAGCUAUACCAGUUAUGUAAUUUGUAUUUAUAGUAACUUUUGUCUUCUUGGCGUGUAAUCUUUAGUACUUCAUUUCUCUCUUCCUCUCUAACCAUGCGUUAAUGGUGGACAUGCUCCAAUAUUCUUAUGACUUUAUUCUAAUGAAAUAAACAUUACAGUCGAAUUGCUUAUCUCGACCUCGGUUAAUUUGCCUACCCUGUUAUGUCAAUGUCUUAGCAUUUUCUCCUCGGUUAUGUUGAUUCUUUUAGGUCGCCCAAACCUGAUAUCUGGAGCACAAAAGGUGGCCAAAUUUGCCACUUAACCUCGGUUAUCUCGAUCUUCAUGACCAAUCGCCGGUUUUAGAACUUAGCAAGAAGAAAUAACAAACAACAAAUAAUAAGUUUUUCAUAAUAAAAAUUAUUAUUUAUUACUCAAAGUACAGGACUUGUCUUUCAGAAUGAAUCUAGAAGUAAUUUAAAUAAUUAUGUUUUAAUUCGAGGUUUAAAAUCCAGGUAGAGUCCAUAUUAUAAAUGAUCAUAAUUUGCUGUGUGCAAAGCGUUGUCAUGGGCAGCCAUUCGUGGUCACUUGCAUAAUGGCUAAGCCGUGGUACUACGUCAGAGUUUCAUUCAUAUGAGUUUACCUUGUGCAAAAGCUAUUAAACCAUUGGUCAGGGAAAGCUUUAAUUAAAUAGUCAUGUGUCAAAGCUGAAAGUUCAAAAUAAGUAGUCCCUAAAUAGUAUUUUAGUAAUAAAGGGAUGCGUUGCCUUAUGUAAACUAUAUGGUUAUUGCGCAAGACAGGAUCAGCAGAAUGAGGUCACAAAAUGUGGAGGCUUCGUCCAUAGUAGAAAAUACCAAACAAACUCGCACUUUAAAAAUUCAUAGCUCAUUCGUAGCUCAAAAAGUACUAAAGUUAAAAAGUUGAUUCUGGUUUCAUUUUAAAAAUUUGCUCUAAAUAACUGUAAUAUUUAAACUAUUGUUCAUUAUUUCUUUUACUGAAGUACCUGCAUUUAUUAACGCACAUCAUGUACAUAAAGAAAUUUCAAGCACGUUUUAAUAUAUUGCCGCCAUAAUGGUUUUCGAUUAUCUUGAUCAUCUGUUAUUGCAACGCUUUUUGGCAAAUGCCGAGGCCAUCGGCUUAACCGAGUUCUACUGUAUUAGAUUUAUUUAGUGAACAAAGUCUUUAUUGCUUUAUGAAUUACUGAUGAUUAAAAAACAGAAUCAUUAAAAGCAUAAUGAAAAUAGUUUGGCUGAAAAUUGUUAAGAUUGAUGAGCACAUAGGUUUAUUAAUUUCACCACUGAUUUUAAGGCUUUUUAUUACUAGGGACCACGAUACAUGAGAACAGAGGCUCAAGAAAAAUUUAAAGGUCUCCCAUAUUCUACUGGUAGGUUACAAAAAUUUAUUCAGUACGUAACAGAAAUUUGGAAACUAUUUUGUCAAAUUUUGUACAUUACUAAAAUGAACUACCUCAAAAUAGGCCACCUAUUGCAAAUCACUGGUUUUAGUUAUCUUUUUCAUUUCUAAAAAAAAAGUAGCAGUCUCUGUGUAUUUGUAUAGCUGCUAUUGACACCACUCUUAUUGGGAAUAGAGAUUUUCGGAGAAGUCAUAUUGACAGCAAAAUUUAUUUUUAGGGUAACAAAAUUACAUUCACUAGGCCAGGGGUCAGCAACCUUUUGAGACAGAAGAGCCAAAAGUUACAAUAUACAAAAUUUACCAGUUUUUAAAGAGCCACUAACAUUUUUAUUUGAUUAAUUUUAAUAUAAUUAUUAAUAUUUGCGCAUGGAACUGGAGAGCCGCAUCUUGACAUCAAAAGAGCGGCAUGCGAGCCGCAGGUUGCCGACCCCUGCACUAGGCCAUUUGGAUGGUUUGGUGGGGGGGGGGGGGUGUGGGGGGGUGUGUUUUGAAAUAAAUAAUUAAUAUUUUGUUUGCGGGGUAUCAUUUUAAAGGUGUUAAUGAGUUCAAUAAAAAAAAAUAUUCUGGAAUUAGAAUGAAUCAUAGGCAUUUUCAGUGGUGGACUGGAGUGGCCAUGUGGCCCGGGAAAGAAAUUAAAAGCAUCCCUAUUCGAGUUUUAUUGUUAGGGGAGAGAUUGUUAUCAACCAAGUCUCAGGUAUCCUUAAUCUUACAAUGAGACCAUCGUAAUUCAAACAAGAAAUUAAAAAAUCUGAUUUACAAUUAAGAAAAAAUAAGAAUACAUUUAGACUUAAGAGUUCAAAUCUCUUUAUCACCCUUUAGAACAGACCCAAAUGACAAUCAUUCAUUAAGCAACUAAUAAAUUGGGUUUCAAAUCUUAGGUUAGUGUUGGUUUUACUACACCGUGUUUUUGUUUUUUUUGUUUUGUGUUUCAUAUUAAAAAAGAUAUUUCAUUAUUUAAUUAUUUUAUUCAUCAAUUUUUACUAUUGUAUUAUCUUUAAAUUGUCAAGCAGAAAUAAUACUCACUUAUCGUGUAGUAUUUCAAAAAUACAUAAGUGCAAAGUAUUAAUGUUAUAACCUUAUGUGGAGACCUUUAAAAUGUGCACUACCUGUGCCUCCAAAAAGCAUGAAACUGUUUUAUUAGCAGAUAUAUAUAUAUAUAUAUAUAUAUAUAUAACAUGGCGCAUUACUUAAAAAAGUUCGUCGAUUCCCUGACUUAAAACAUGUUUUUUUUUUUCAGAAAAUUAGUUUCUCAUGAUCCUUAUCUGUGUCAUAUCUUAUCAUAACUGUUAGUGGGCAUUUAAUACAAGAGUAUAAACUGUAAGUUUGGAUUUAAUAUGCAAGUUGUUAUUGUUAUGUGUUGUAUUGUAAUCCAGAAGCAGCCCAGGCUUCCCAAAUGUCACAGGGAGAUCUGCUCUUGUGGUCUAAAUGUCAUCAGCCCAUUAGGAUUUUUCCCGGUGGGCCAGUCCACCCCUGGACCUAAUGAUAAUUUUAACUAACUUGAGUAUGUCUUCUAGGAGACUUCUUGAAGGGUAAUUUCAAAGUGAGUAAAAAAAAUGUUCAAUAGAUUUGUAAAUUUGUUAAUUAAUGAACUGCAUCCUUUUUUUAAAGUGGACCUCAGUACAAGAGAAAUUGGGCCACAAGAAAAAUCUGGAUUUGUACACAAUAUUAAUGAUGAGCCUGUUACAUAUGAACCACAAAUUGCGCAUCUCAAUGAUAAACCUGUAAGUUUUAUUUUCAAAGCUUAAUUAAGAAAUUCCCUUUUUUUUUCUUCAAAUAUAUUGAGUUAUUGGUGCUGUGGUUACAUUAGAAAGAGCAUGUGGCAACCAUAGUAGAUAUGUUUAAUUAUUAUUAUUAUUUGUAGUCAUGAUAAACAAUGAUGUAUAGCAUGUAACAGCCAAUGGACGAAAAGUAGAAAAUAUGUUAGUACUUGAAAAUAUAUUCAAUUUUUCAUUUUAAAAAAAUAUUAUGAGCUGUUGACUUUUACUCCUAAAUCAAUUAUUCUUGUGAAGUUAAGCUAAAUUUUUAUAUGUAUUACCAUUGGUUUCUGUUAUAGGGCUGGUAUACCCACAGACCUACAGGAGUGUCUGUCACAAAGACUAGCUUUAUACCCAAAACAUGGUCAAGGGUAAAAACCAAAACUUUUACUUUUAAUAAUAUUUAAUUAUAAUUCCUUUCUUCUAUAAACAGACAUUUCCUUAUAAAAAUCAAAAACAAAGUACAUAGAGCUCCCCCCUUAGCAAACAAUUAAUUCUUCAUUAACCAUUACAAGAUUCAUGAAACAAGCAAGCAUGUCUUUAUUUUCUUCUUGUAAUAGUAAAAAUGAGAAGAAAUGAAAUAAUCUCAAUCAUUGUAUCUUCAUUUAUUAUUUCUUCAUUACCGAUUAAACUUAAAACCACCAUCAGUCAAGCAUUAUGUGAAGUAUAUUAUCCAUUACCAUUCUCAGGGAGAUGAACCACUGCCUGGUGGUGUUGCUCAUGGAUCUGACAGAGGAACUGGAUUUACUAGGGAAGAGGUCAAGCCCAAAUAUGUCAAUGUUAAAGCUCCUGAUGUAAGUUAGUUAAUAAGUUUUAAUGUUUUAAAGAUCCUGAUUUAAAUUACUGUUAUGUCCAUGGUAGAUAUUUUGACAGAAUAGUGUACCGGUAUUUCCAUAUUUUUCAAAGUAUAGGCCUCUCCAGAUUGUAAGUAACACUCUUACUGUUUGAUGCUAUUAUUUUGCAACAUUCUAAAGUUAUACUGCACCCUUAGUUUAGAGGCUUAAAUUUUGGGGGAAAAGUGCAACCUAUACUCAGAAAAGACGGUAUAUGAAUUUUUUUUUAAUUUAAAAAGAUAAUGUUCUUCACUUGUGACAUGUUAAACAAUUUUCUUUGAUGGGAUUGUUCAGAAUAUGUCUUCUUAAUAAAUCAUUAUUUUGUUCUACCAUUGAAAGGCUUAUGAUAAGCUAAGUGAUAUGCCAGACUCCAAAGCGGACAGAACUCGCAAAAUAGAUCCAGCAGAAUAUAUCAAUAUGCAGAAGCCUCACAACAGAACUAGGUAUUAUUACAAACUAUGUUUUUGGAAGUCUCAAAGAAAAAAAGCAUUUUCUUCGCUAGCAAAACUUUUUGACUUCAGGGUUUGUCUCAUGUUUUCAAAUUAUUUUUAAAGUCAAUGCUUGAGAGUCUUAUUUAAGGAUAAUUUUUUUUGAUGAAUUUGAUGCUAUUAAGACAAACAUAAUUUAAAAUGGGGGACAGAGUAUUCAUAUUCAUGAUCUUAAAACAUUUAAAAAGUAAAAAUUCAGUUUCAAUGCAAUUAGAUUAAAAUUUACCCAACAUGUAAACUCAUUUACACAGAAAUGUAGAAAUAGAAUAAAGGUUAAGAGUAUUUUACGUAUAGCCUCACUGGGGAGCAGUUCAGAGGUUCACAAAGGCCGGUCCCAACUGAAGCUGACAGACUUAAUUGUACCAAGGUUGGCUUUAAGGAAAACACUGGUUUCACAGAAAACAAUGCACCAUUUGUUCAAACUGAUGAUAACAAGAUGAGGUUCCUGACUCACUACAUGACCAGGUCAGAUUUUAUUUAAAGAAAUAGGGAAAUGGAUUUUUAAUAUCGGGUGUAACACAUAAAUAAUAUUGUAAAAUAAUAUUUUACUUCGUCACACAUGAUAGCAAAAAAUUCAAUACCAAUUUCAAGCAGCUUUUUCUUAAAUAGUACUGUAUUAAUAUAUCAGAGUACCUUAAAUUUGACACAUAAUGCUACGUUGUUUUUUUAAAAUGCCAAUUGAAAUUGAAAGUGUGACGAUUAAAUAAAAAUGUUUUGUCAACAAAAAUGAAAAUAAUGAAUAGCACAAAUUUUGCACAUUGUAGAUUUGGUAUAGACCCAACUCCUGUAGGCGUGGAUAGGGCUGGACACAUGAAUGGUGGAGUGCAGACGCCAAGACCUGAUGGAUUCACCAAGUCCAACACUCUCCAAACUUAUGGCACUGAGCUUCCAAGUACUCACAUCAUGCGUAGGGUUGAACCCUAUGUUGGGAGGUAUGUUACCAUUUGGAAUGUAUGCUGAAAUUAUUGGUGAUUUCUUAUAUCUACUGCCUCUUUCAAGUAUGUGCUCUUUUCUUUUUCCUUUCUCUUAGUCCACAAACUUAAGAGUUUGCAUGGCAUAUAGAUUUAAACUUCUAAAAAAUUAGUUUAUAUUGAAGAAAAAUGGCAAAAAUGUGAUACUAUCUUUUCUGUACGAUACCAUCUUUUCUUAUAGUGACUUAAAAUUAUUGUCUCUAUUAUUAAAUAUAUUCUUACUGUGAUGAAUGAGGUCAAUCGAUGAUUGAAUAUUUCUAUUUAUUAUGAACAUGUUGAUGGAAUAAUUUUUUGGACUAUGGGUUAAAAUCCACACAGACUAGUUUUGAAAUCACUUAAAUACCCUGUAAGUGCCACCAUCCAAUUUCACUAUUAAUUGGACCAGCUUUAGGGCCCCCCAUAGCUCUCAAAAGUGCACUAAGGCACAGUAUGAGAAACACUGCUCUAGAUUGCACAUAUUUUCAGUACACCUGUCAUUGUUUUCCUCUACAGAAGUAUAAGGGCCAGAAAUCAGUUUUAUGAUGAUCACACAUAUGAUGCCAAAAUACGCACCGAACUGGUAGCAUAGUAAAGCAAUAUGUUUUUCAAUAGCUUUGCCAUUAUAAAAGAGGACACGGAACACCUGAUUCGUCACCAACCAGCAGCAUACUUAUUCAACUUUUGGAAACAAAUAUUCUAUAGUAUCAAGCCAUUAUAAAUGUUCAUCUGAAGAGAAAUUAUUAUAUUAAGUCUUUAUUAUAAUAAAGAGUUCUUUGUUUUGAAUUUAUUAGAAACACUUUUGUGACUUAUCAAUAUCAUUAUCAAAAACUCAGGUCAGUUAUUUAAUGAAAUAUUCACAGACCUUUAUGUUAAAGUUGUAAUAAAAUUAUAAAAUAUAAAUGAGUAAAUAUGUAUUAUAUCAAUAACAUCACAUUCUGUAAUAUUUAUUACAAAUGUUUUGUCACCUGCUUGUUUGCUAUCAUUUGCACUAAUUAUAGGAUGAGAUGACUAAGGAAACUAAUAAACAUGGUUUUUAUUCAAUUCUUACUAAAAAAAUUUUAUAAAAAAUGUAUCAUUCUACAUUCACAUAGAUUUAAGCGUUUUUAACUGCAAAAAAAUUAAUUAAUUACUUAGAACUAGAAGAGAAUUUCUUACAGGCAGACAUACGGUGUAUAAGUUUGAUUUAGUAUUUUCCCUAAGUUUCCAACAGUGACCUAUAAAUCUGAUUUGGUACCAAAAACAAUAUAGCAAACACAAGCUCAGUCAGUCACUGUUUUUUUUAAAAUCUGGCCUUGAUUCCAUGGUAAACAAUGGACUGGAGAAACAUUAUUCAUUGACCAACUUAGUUUUAUUUCCUUUGUCUGAGUGAAAUUAGGGAAUAAUCAUUGUUUAUUUUAUUAUUGUGUAAAUUUCUUUGUUAUUUGCAUUUUUUGUUUCAUUUCAUACCCUGCUGUGAUAUAUUUUAUCUAGUUUAUCUGCCUUUUUCAAGCAUGUAAUUAAAUCAUGUAUUAUACAUUUAAAAAUGCUUUGUAUAGUUUUUAUAUUAUUAAAGUAAGUCACUGGAAUUAUUUUUCUAUUCACUGGAAUUAAUAGGCAACAUUUUAUCCCUUCUAGGACUACUAGUAGGAGUAUACAAAGUUGAACAAACCAUUUUUAAUAAGCUAAUGUGUUUAAAAUGAAAGUCUGUAAUUUUGUGGGACCUUACUAGAUUUUAUAUUAUUAAAAAUAGAAUAAGUUAUGUUUAUAUCAUAGAUCUAGUGUUUUUUUGUCUUUCAUAAAUGUAAAGAAUGCUGUUUUACUUUCCUCUCACCUCAGACACAGUUUGAGGAUUCUAAAACAAGGUUAUGUUGCCAGAGAUAUUUAAACUCUUCCACCCCCCAAAUUUUAAAAAGAAAAUACAUAACCAUUCAAAAAUAGGGCUGAGGCAC